GCUUUCUUCUUGUGGAAUCCAUUUCUCGUCAAAAGGGUGUCCCGAACUGUCUGAACACUGAGUGCCCAUCCCACUCUCAAAGGAGCUGCGCACACACACUCUGGCAAACACACUUACCACCCUGGCAGUCAGAGCACACACAGCUCCAUUCACUAGUCAUAAGACGAGAGUCACUUCCAGUUAAAGGACAUAAAGCCCUGAUCCGAGCUCUAGGAUGGAUGCGCUGAAGAAGGGAUUCUCCAUGGCUAAGGAGGGAGUGGUGACUGCCGCCGAAAAAACCAAGGCCGGGGUGGAGGAGGCAGCUUCCAAAACCAAAGAAGGGGUCAUGUAUGUAGGCACAAAGACGAAGGAAGGUGUUGUGACAAGUGUAAACACAGUUGCCCACAAAACAACUGAGCAGGCGAAUCUUAUGAGUGAGACUGCCGUGGCUGGAGCCAAUCAGACGUCAGAGAAGGUGGUGGAGGGGCUGGAAAGUGUGGUCGCAUCCACUGGUCUCGUCAAACAGGAUGAGCUGGAGAACAUUAAGGGGGACCUGACGAAGCAGGAGGGAGAUGUAGAGAAGCCUACAGACGCUGGGCAGUAGGGAGAUGUCACACUGAACGCCCCUGUGCUGCUCUGCUUCUUGAUUAAGAAGAGAGAGUUCAUUAGCUGCUGUGGGCCAUGGCUGAAUAUUAUCAUACUAAACCUCUGAUGGACGCUAAAUAAUAUUCAACUUAACUAACUUAAAAGAAUCCCACCUGCCUCUCUUGCUCUGUCCUCACAAACUACAAAUCUGCUUAACUCAAUUUACCACUUUCCUACAUGUAAUAAAAAAAAUGCUCACGUAACAACACUAUUAUUUAGCUAUGCAAUAUUCACAUAUACUGAGCAGUGUGGGUCAUUAAAUAUGCGCAAAUAUUACAUGCAUGUGCUUGUGAUUUGGACAUUUUAAUAUAGGCAAGGUCUGUCUUUCUCACCUGCCCUAAAACUAGUUUUCCUCCACCCAACAUGAAGAGAUCAGAUGGAUGAUGAUUGUACACAAUCAGUGUGAGAAAAUAUUUCAAAUAUUCCAGUCCAAAUACACUCAAUGUAGUAUCUGUGACGAUAUUUGAAACAAGGAGUAGAAAAUCACAGAUCCAAACCCAAAGAAGAGGGAAAUUGAUGUCUGUGAAGCAUGAAGAUAGCGGGUUAAAUCAGUUCCAGUAAAGUGUGGUUAUAAAGUGAUGGGGUUUUAGUAAAGUUUGCUAUAGCAGCCAUCAUAACCAACUCACAAAAUCUGCAAAGGAUUUUAAAGCAGCUGCUAGGUUACAUUAUUUUUUUUGUGGAAGCAAUGCAUGCUGCCUCACAACUUCACUUUAACUGAUCAUAUUAGUUUACCUCACUCAUUGUUUCCCUUGAAGUCUAAAAGCAGAUGUUUUUCCUUUUUUAUAUAUAUUCCGUCUGUAAUAAAUUCAGUUUUGUGAAAGAUAAAUCUAUUCUCAUUUUUUAUUCGUAUGUUUUUUUGUAGAACAGAAUGUUGCUAAAGAAAGAGGCAGGUCAAACACUACCUUAAUUCAGUGAAACUGAAAACUAAUUUAAGAAAAUUGAAAGCAUCAAGAGACGCACACCCUUGAGAUUAAAACACCCCUCCUGCUCUUCCCCUCACCCAAAAAUCGAAUUUAAUAUGUAUCUCAACAACAAAAACUUUACCACAUUCAUAAAUAUGGCCAUAACAAUACCAACGAAAAGCACUAUGCCUCUGGCAGAAUGUCAACGUUUAUGAAGAUUUGUUGGUCUCCAUGCGUAAUCAGAGUUUAAAAUGAGAGUUAUUUAGCUUUUUCCCCACAUUCCAGCGAUGGGAGGAGGCAGAGAAGUCUAUCAUCUCAUUAUCUUCCUCUUGCUCAGAGGAAAGACAUUUAAACCAAAACAUAAACAAUGCAACUGAUUUCAGAAAUGUCCCUAACAAAAUCACGACAACAAUCAAAACCCUGCAGUAAAACAGUAAAAAUAUAAUAUAACUGUAAAAUCAAAUAGGACAAGAUUCAAAAGGACUAUUAACCCUGCAUACCUUCAAGCUAUCACUAAACAAUAAAAUAACAUAGAAUGAAACAUUAAAUUACAUAAUUAAAUAACUAUAUGCUCAUGUUUAACAAAUUAUUAGUUACACUGAAACCUUGACUGAUGACUGAUAAAGGAAACCAGUUAAACCAGUCAAGCAAGCUUGCGGUUCUUUCAGUUGACAUCUUUCUACUCCACACAAGCUGAAGUAGCCAAUAGGAACACACAUCCCAGACAUACUUUGAUGGAGCACCAGCCUAUUAAAACCGUAUGAAUCUUCCGUCUCAAAACACUGACACACAGACACACACACGCACACACGCUCUAGGAAACAUCAGCAACAUAGAACUCUACAAACAUGUCUUUCCUUUCCAAAUUUACGGGUAAUAAAUCAGCAGAUUCAUUUGUCGACCAGGCUGUGGACAAAGCAGCUGCUGUAGCUAAAAAAAAAGUGAAGGAAACCCUUAAUGCAAAGAAACCGGAAACUGAUAAGACCGGGGGUACUGGAGGUCUUACCCCAAGUAGCGAGGAGAAGGACAAGAAACCAAAGGAAACGUCAGGAGGUGGACUUGUUGAUGACAAUAAAGCAGAAAAACCAAAAGAAAAGAGCGGCGGAGGAGCCUCUGAUGCUGGAGGCAGCAAAGCAGCAGACAGCAGUGGUGGAGACAGCAAUUUCAAUGAUGCACUGGAUGACCUUGCUAACGAGUUCAGUGUAAAAUGAUGUUCUGACAACUAGGAAAACUCUCUUUGGCUGAGAGCUUGUCUCACAUCACCACAAUCUCCAAGUGUCAAGGACUACAACAGUAGAAGAAGAUAGUCAUUUGUUACUAAUGUAAAUAAUUUUAAACAGAUGUCUCUGGAAUAUCUUAUGUACAACUACUAGAAAUUAUGCUUAUUGCAUUUGCAUACCUUUAGUUUAUUAAGCAUGCUUUUGUUUUCAAAACUGUGAUUGAAUAAAUGUUGAGUGAAUAAAACUGAAUAAAGAAGUUUUUUUUACUGAAUGAAAAA